UACCCAGUCUUGUAUGCUGAGGAAGUCGUCGACGGAGAAGUGAUGAUCCUUCAGGUGGGUAUAUUCAAAGAUGGCCCAGGAAACACUAUGUUCGCACAAUUGUACAACUUCACUAAUGACUACAACGAAUUCGGGGCACUAGAAUAUGAUUACCACCAAAUAGAAGGUUUUGAAAUGAGCCAGCUAUGGACCGAUGAUGAGUGUCGUGCGUAUUUUGAAAUAUAUGACGGUCUACUAACUGGCACAUUUCCUGACUGCAAGUUCACCAAUCCAGACGGGACACAUCCGUAUUUCGUUCUGAUCUAUAACUGCCAACAUGAAAUCGCCGUAUUUCCAACUAACACCAAUCAGAAAGCCACGGAUACACCAUACGUUCUUGAUCCGUCACGUGACAGAUUUGAGUUGAACGGAGAUUACGACACUUUCCAGUCUCCGUGCGAGCCGUACAAGCUGAAAACACAGGAAGCUGAAUCGUAA